GUUCUGCUUCUGGGAGUGGUGGGGAUGGUAUCCGAGAAAUGGGAAUGUUCUUGAAUUGUGUUGUAUUGUAAUACGUUUGUAAAAAGAGUUUUAUGUGGAUGAACCGACUUUAUCUGUGACCGAAGUAGGCAUCCAUGCCGUACAUUCUGGUGCGGGGUAAUCUUGCAUCCUACGGUCACAAACAUCCCUGGAGAGUACUCGUAUCUGGUCUCAAAGCGUCCGACAUCGACCAGUUGAAGGGCUUUGCGUCCGGGGGCUACUGCGACGAGUCGACCAUAGUGUACCUGCAGCACCCGUGCGUGAUCCUCACGGCCCUCGAGGUGCUGGACUACCGCGUGGUCGCCUCCUCCUCCACGGCCGUGAAGCAGGACUACAACGAGUACAUGUGGACCAUGAGGAAGGAGUUCUCCGAGCCGGAGCCGCACGCCGCCAAGCCAGGCUACUAGGUGCGGGGCUGCUGUGAUGUCCACCUACUACUACGUGUCGGUGAAGGGUUCGCUGCACUCGAGCGACUGCUGCGUGUUCGGGCUGAUCCCCCAGGAGAUCCAGGCCAUCAGCAAGCGCUUCCCCAGCCCCACCGUCGAGGUGCUCAACGGCAUCAGCGUCAAGU